AUGACUGACAAAUCCCAAUUCGAACCUGGGCAUCAAAUUCCUGUGCACCACCAGGAUCAGCCAGGCUGGCAGCACAAGAUUCCCGACCCUAAGCCAAUCUCGGACAUGCUCCCAACAGACGAAGGCGGGUAUCAAUUAUACAAGGCUGCCGGGAAACUGAAGGGCAAACGUGCCGUAAUCACAGGCGGAGACUCAGGCAUUGGCAGAGCCAUUGCCGUCCUCUACGCAAUGGAAGGAGCCUCGAGCCUCAUAGUCUAUCUCGAUUCCGAAGAGAAAGAUGCACAGGAUACAAAACAACAUGUUGAGAAAUAUGGUGCCAAAUGUUUCCUCUUCCCUACGGAUCUUCGCAAGAAAGAGAAUUGCAAGGCAGUCAUUGAUAAGGCGGUUGAGCAGCUUGGUGGUAUAGAUAUUUUGGUCAACAAUGCAGCUUUCCAGAAUAUGCUCCCAGACAUCAAGGAUCUUUCAGAAGAGCAAUGGUUGAAAACUUUCGAUACCAACAUUCAUCCUUACUUUUAUCUGGCCAAAUAUGCAUUGCCGCAUCUCAAACGCGGUUCAACCAUUAUCAAUUGUUCUUCUGUGAACCCUUAUAUUGGAAGAGGAGACUUGCUUGACUAUACCUCUUCCAAGGGUGCCAUUGUAGCCUUCACCAGAGCAUUGUCCAACCAGCAAAUCAGCAAAGGAAUUCGAGUCAACGCCGUCUGUCCCGGACCGAUUUGGACGCCUUUGAUCCCAUCAACAAUGACAACGGAAGCAAUGGAACAGUUCAGCGGUGUCCCUAUGGGUCGUCCAGGGCAGCCCAGCGAGGUGGCCACCUGCUUCGUGUUCCUGGCAAGUGCUGAUAGCAGUUAUAUGUCUGGACAGUCCUUGCACCCCAAUGGAGGUGUGGUUGUUGGUAGCUAG